CGCAGCAGCAGCGUCGCUCUGAUGGUCCCAUAAAUGACCGGACCGUCAGAGAGCAGAGCACACACACCCAGAAAACACACACAGACCCGGUACCUUGUCUUCUGAGCGGAGCAGCAGGUCACUGUAACACUGAGCCAUGCUCGCCGCGUGCCUGGAGUUCCUCGGCUUGGCGCUGUGCGUCACGGGCUCUCUGCUGGUGAUGGUCGCCUGCGGGCUGCCGAUGUGGAAGGUGACCGCCUUCAUCGACUCCAACAUCGUGGUGGCUCAGACCAUCUGGGACGGUCUGUGGAUGUCCUGCGUGGUGCAGAGCACCGGCCAGAUGCAGUGCAAAGUCCACGACUCGGUCCUGGCCCUGACGCAGGACCUGCAGACGGCGCGCGCCCUGACCAUCAUCUCCGCGGUGUUCGGGGUGGUCGCCCUGACGGUGACGGUGGCCGGGGCGCAGUGCACCAACUGCAUCAAGGACGAGACGGUGAAGGCUCGGGUGGUGAACGCCGGGGGGGUCAUCUACAUCAUCAGCGGGCUGUUCGUGCUGGUCCCGCUCUGCUGGAUGGCCAACAACAUCAUAGUGGACUUCCACGACCCGCAGGUGCCUCCGUCCAAGAAGCGGGAGAUCGGGGCGGCGAUCUACAUCGGCUGGGCCGCCACCGCGCUGCUGCUGCUCGGCGGGACCCUGCUGUGCUGCUCCUUCUCCCAGGUGGUGAGAGGCGCCUAUCCCAUCAAAUACGCCCCCACCAAGACGAUCACAGUCAACGGGGAGUUCGACAAGAAGCAUUAUGUAUAAAGAGAGAGUCCAGCUCCACAUCGGGGACGUUUGUCACUGCGGCAGAGCGGAGGCAGCGUGCCUGCUCUCAUGUGACAUUCACCGAGGACAUCAGAACAGCUGAGGCUCUAACUUGUUCUAAACAUGAGCUGAGUGUAAAGUGUUCCAGCAGCAGUUUCUUCCUGCUCCUCGGGGCUCUGCUCUGGUUUAACUGAUAAUCUGGCAGCAGUGUUGUCAUCAUGUCAUUGUGCAGGUUGGGGUCAAGUGUUCAGAGCUUCAUUGUAAAUAGUUUGUGUGUGUUUUGGUUCCCACAGUGAACAUUCAGACCGAUGUGCACUCACGUUGUGAUCAAAGGAGGGAAUUUGCAUUUGAAUACAUGUACAGUGUUUUCAUUGUUUUCUAGACUUUUCAUAGAAACUUUUUAUAAUAAAACAAACAAAAUAAAAACA